AUGCCCAGCAGAAAUACACCGGCAGCCUUGAUUUCUGUCCUUUCCUUUCCCCUGCUCUGUCCCACCUUCUGCGGCUCGGGACUUGUGGCCGUGUUUAGUUCUCACUCCUCUCUCCCUUCAGGUGAGCUGGAGCAGCAGUUGUGCCCCGAGUAUCCCAACAUCACCUUCUCCAGGCUGGAGUGUGGGGACCCUCCUGCCCCUGCGCUGCCUGGGGAGGAGCGGAGGUUUGGCCGCCGGUUCCUGGUGGAGGCUCCAGGGGGGCUGCAGGACUACGCCAUGUUCUACGUGGGGGCCGAGGGCCUGGCCCUCACCAACUUCAUGCUGACCUGGAACCGCUGCCCCUUCAGCUCCUUCGACCCCACCACGGGCUGCGGCCGCCACGAGACCCUCAAUGUGAACCGGGCGCUGAUGCGCCGCCUGUACCUGGUGGAGCGGGCGCGGGACGCACGUGUGGUGGGGAUCCUGGUGGGCACCCUGGGCGUGGUGGGGUACCUGGCCCUGCUGCAGCGUCUCCGGGAGCUGCUGCGCCGUGCCGGGAAACGCAGCUACACCCUGGCCGUGGGGAAGCCCAACCCUGCCAAGCUGGCCAACUUCCCGGAGGUGGACAUCUUUGUCCUGGUGGCCUGCGCUCAGAACUCCCUCCUGGACUCCAGUGACUUCUACCGGCCUGUUGUGACUCCCUACGAGCUGGAGCUGGCCUGUAACCCAGCCAGAGAGUGGACAGGGAGCUACCUCACAGACUUCCGAGACCUGCUGCCGGGUGCCUGUGCGCACAUGGAGCUCCCACCGGCCAUCCCCGCAGCGGAGGCCAUUCCCGACAUCUCGCUGAUCACGGGAGAGAUGAGAGCUGCCCACCUCUGCGAGCCCCCGGCCUCCCAGCUGCCCCCCAGCACCACCCUGGCCUGCAGGGACCAGACUCGGGCCCUCGCGGAGAUCAGCCCUGCUGCCUCCUUCCUGGAGUCCCGCAGCUGGCGGGGCCUGGAGCAGCAGCUGGGACAGACGCCCGUCUCCAAGGCUGUGCAGGGCCGGCGAGGGAUUGCCAUUGCCUACGAGGACGAAGGGUGUGAGCAACCCUGAUCUGGCAGCACCAUCAGCACCGAGCCAGGAGCAGGGCCCUGGGCAUUGCCUGCCACUGGGUGUUAGACCCACAGGGGCCUGGACCUGCUGCCAGCUGCCCCUGUGCUGGAUGCAGCCUUGGUGGGUCAGUAGUACUGCAGCAGGAGAGCAGGAGUUGCACAUGUGCUUGGGAAUGCCUGUGUCACCCUGAGGCUCAUGGCCCAGGGCAACAGCAGAGCCAGAUAUGUGGCCCAGACCUGGCCUCCAAGGGAUCCCUGGUCCAGGGCAGCUUUGGCCCUACAUGGAAAGGUCACAGCUUUGCAAGAGCUGACAGUGCUGGGACUUUAGGCCUUUGUGGGCUGCUGCUGCUGACUGAAGCUGAACUGAAGAGGACUUGUGAGUGAACCCUUCUUUAAAAUAAAACACGGCCUGAGGAGCACAAA